GUUACUUAACAAUCAGAUGGCGAGACUUCGCGGUGUAGUUGAAUUUCAGGAGAAGAACUGUACGGAGCAGUUCAAACCAUUUAACGGAAAAGCUCACCUGUGAGACAUUUCUCCGAGAAAAUAGAAUUUUCGAAUUAACUCAACGGCUGACAGAGAGACACAAAACGUAAUAUUUUCUGUGCGUGCGGGUACCGGCCAGAAAGAGACGAUGAAACCCUACUUGGUGUUCGCGAUCCUUUCUUUCAUAGUGAUACUCCGAUCGUGUCAAUCAAGUUGUGAGGAGCAAGAGCCUCAGGAAUCAAUGCUAGAGGAAAGGUUGAACAUUGACAACUUCCCGCGUGACUACCUGAAGAGGUAUAAUGACAUAGAUUAUGACACCUUUGUAGGGCUGAUGGGCAGAAGAAGUGCUGGGAUGAAUAAUCUACCACCACUUAAAAGAGACAUGGACGAUAUCUUCGUGGGACUGAUGGGCCGGAGGAGUUCAGAAUCCAGUCACCUGCAAUCCUGGAGAAAGGAGGGGUAUCCACAGGGAAGAGGAGCCAUUUUAUUCAACAAGGGUAAACUGAGGUUUCGCCGCGGUGUUUAAGACCAGCUUUUCGCCCUUUACUGGAAUGUAUUCCCUCUUAAUUUCCGUUUGAGUAUUUCAGACCCUAGACAGUUUAUGGAAAGCUUAAACCUUUAUUCAGUCAAGUUUCCUAGGGUGCUCAUUAUCUAAUGGAAACCGUGAAACUUGGGAGUUAAAGAGUUAAGAGGGAGUUCACUGUUAAGGAGUAAAUGAACAGCUGCUAGCUGCUAUUUUCUCUGCUUUGUCUGUGUAAAUCAGUGUUUUCCUUAUUCACAACAAACUGUGUGAUGUAAACUCAAUUUACAGGUCUUUCAGCAGAUGAAGCACAUCUUAUGUUGUCUUAAGUGCCAGAUCUAUUCAGUGUAUGUAUCUAACGAUUGCUUCUGAAGAAAUGUGUAAUUUCUUUAAAAGUAUAUUUUUGGGAAAUAAAAACAAAUUACUGGACUUGGCAUUUUUAAUUACUCUCAGGAAAGGGUUCCUUUUAGCCAGCUUUAGUUUUCUGGGGGCCCACAGAAGGGUUUAUUUCAAUUGUGGAAAAAGUCAUUUGGUGACCUGUAACUCAAGAACUAGACUGCAUCGCUACCAAGCACAUUUUCAUGGAAAGUUCUCAAGGUUACACCACUUUCUACAUGGAUUCCUUUAGAAGCAGUCGUUGAAACAUGUUAACCACAUGAGAAAAUAUAUAAAUCAAUUUCACUUAAAUUCUUGCCAAACUUAAUAAAUGAUCUGAGUGCGGGUAUCUA